AUGGUGGCAGACUUCCUCAAGUAUUGUAGACUUCCAGCCACAGCUGAGAACGAGGACCUCGCCUUCAGAUAUUUGGCGGCGCGCAAGUUCAACGUGGGCGAAGCUGUUGAUUUGCAUGCAGCACAUUUGGCCUUUUUGAAGGCAGAGGGUAUUACUUCCAUCAACCCGCUGGAGGAGGAAACGCGGCGUGAACUACUUUCGGGAAAAUUCACCAUCUUGAAUGACAGCGAUCCAACCGGAGCACGUGUUGCUCAGUUUUUUGUGCGUCUCCAUCGUCCUACACGAAGCUCUCAUCGCGCCGUCCUCCAGUCAAUCAUGUUUCAACUUCAUGCCAUGUUACGGAACUCCUACGCCCGUGCAAUAGCCUUCCAGAAAACAAUUCACACUUAG